GCGGCAAAAUUGUUGUUUUGUUUGCCCACUGUAACCGAGGAGCUGCUGCUACCAUGGCUUCUAUUUUUGGUGACGAUGGGGUGGAUGACUUGUUCAACGAGCCCGAUCAACUGCCCGACGAUGGCAUGGAGGAGGGGGAGAAACUAUUUGCUGAUGAGAAUGACCAAAACGAUGAGAAUGGAGAAGGAAGUGAAGAGGCCGGUGCUCAAAAACUGGAGCCGCCAAAGAAGCGAGCGGUUAGGAAUCCCCGUCCACGACUCACUGUGGACACACUGCGCGGACCACGUGGCCUCCAUAGCAUUGAGGAUUACUUUAAAGACAUGAAAUUUAAAGGCAAGGGCAGGGAAAAGGACGAUCUUGAUGAAGUUCUCAGACGCCUUCAGCACUGGGGCCAUCGAAUGUAUCCCAAUUACACGUUCGACGAUAUCCUAAAUAAUAUUGAACGCUUGGGCAAAAAGAAGCCUUUGCAAGUGCACAUGUCUAGGUAUCGUUUGGGUCAGUUGGAAGAUUUCCGUGUCCCGGAAGCACAAAUCAACGAUGAUGAUCAAGAUGAGUUAAACGCCGCCCAAAUGGAUGAACCUUUCGAUGAGUUUGAUGCAUUGCUAGGUGAACAGAUAGCUAUGUCUAAGCUAGCACCACGUACGCCAGCGUCAUCUAAUAGGAAUUUCACCCUGUCCACACAUGAUUCCAAUUCAACUCUCAUAACUCCUUCGUUUUCCCGCCAAGCUGUUGCCUCUACGCCCUUUACGGUUGCUGCCCCACCCAAGGCAAGUGGUCCGGCAUUUGAUAUGAACGGAGCACCACUCAUGUUGGAUGACACUAGCGACUAUGCCCAACCUUUGCCACCAUCUCAGCCAGCAACGCCAGCAGCUAAGCAACUUUCUGCCGAGCAAAUGGCUCGAAUAGCUGAGAAUCGACGUUUAGCUCAGGAACGUCUAAAGGCCAAAACGGCUGCCACUUAGUUUUACAUCUAUUGUUUAUCCAUGUUAAGAAAGAAUAGUAUUGAAUAUAUAAAUUGUGUAAAAUUGGUUUUUUAUUAUAUUUUUAAAUUAGAGGCAAAUUAAAUAAAUUAAGAUUCGAUGCAGGAAA